GUAUGAUCAUCUGUGUAACUGGAAGCACCUUGAGGUUUUGUGUGUCCUGCCCUCCAGCGGUCUCCAACUCCUGGCACAGUGCCUGGCUCAUAAUAAACGUUCCAUAAAUAUUUGCUGACUGAAAGAAUGAUGAUGGAGGUAGGAUUCCAACUCAGGACUCCUUCGGGGCCUGGAGCCUUCAUCUCUGCCACUCUGGUUUUGUGUUUUCACGGAGACAAAUCGUGAAAGGGAAAAGUAAUGGGGAAGCACGGUGCCCAGAACACGCAGCGGGACUGACUUUUAAAGAAGGGAGGGGCCGGGACACCUGUACGGAAAAUUUAGGCAGUGCCGAGUGACCGCCGAGCGGAGGGAGGCCCUACGCGCGGGCGCCCCCUUGAGGCGCGGCCGGGCUAUCCUCGCGCCAGAACUACCGGCUUCCACACGCAGAUCUCCCGCUAGAAGCAGAGGACGCCCGGGAGGGUCGACAGAGUGCGCUGGACAAGCAGCCCUCCGCAGGGAGUCUCCUCAGGGAGACUGCCUUCAGAUCCCACCCGCAGCGGUUCCCCCCUGCUCUCGCCCACGCGGGGCUCCGGACGGUGGAUUCUGGCCCAGGGAGAAGCCAUUCGAGACGGCCACCCUCCCUGGCCUCCAGGAAUAUUCUAAGGACCAGUGUGGACGCAGUCUCCCUCUCCUGGACAAGAAAACAAUCAUUUCAAAUCAUUGCAGAAACUUCAGAAAGGACACCUACAAUUAAUUAGAAAUGUUAAGAUUGCCCAAAAAAGGAUUACCUAGAUUUGAUCAAAUUCAAGAUGAAGAAACCUACCUGGAAAACUUAUCCGUACAGAGAAAUGCUUCUGUUUUUUUUGAAAAAUAUGAUCGGAGUGAAGUACAAGAGUUGCUAACUACUGCCUUAGUCAGCUGGUUGUCUGCCAAAGAUGAUGUCCGCUCUCAGUUGGACAUCCCAUGUGGAAUUAUGAGUCAAAUGAAUAAUGUCAGUUUCUCCACUGCAAUCCUUCUGACUCCUGUCGACCCUGUUGCCCUCUUAGACUAUAGAGAAGUUCAUCAAAUUAUAAGGGAGUUGGCUGUUGGAAUUUAUUGCUUUAAUCAAAUUCCCUCAAUCAGUUUAGAAGCUAAUUAUGAUCAGAGUUCUUCUUGUCAAUUACCACCAGCUUAUUAUGAUACCAGAAUUGGGCAAAUUCUGAUCAAUAUUGACUACAUGCUGAAAGCACUGUGGCAUGGAAUAUACAUGCCCAAAGAAAAACGAGCCAGAUUCUCUGAAUUAUGGCGUACUAUCAUGGACAUUGAUCCAGAUGGGAAGCCUCAAACAAAUAAAGAUAUUUUUGCAGAGUUUAGUGCAGCAGGUUUGGUUGAUAUUACAAAGGAUCCGGACUUUAAUGGAAUCUAUGAUGAAGACAUGAAUGAAGAUCCAACAUAUGAUCCCAACAGCCCUGAAGAAAAAGCUGUUUUUAUGAAAUAUGCUGAAAACAUUAUGCUAAAAUUGACAUUCAGUACCAUACAAGUUCAACAGUGUGAAAAUGUUUUUAUAUUUGAAACAGCCUAUUGGCUUACUAAUGCUAUAAAAUGUAAUCAGGAUUAUCUUGAUAUUUGUACCUAUCAGAGACUACAGCAAAGAUUAUAUCUUCAGAAAAAGGUUAUUCAAAAACACUUUGAGAAGAAAACAGACCUCAGAAAAGGGAUCGGAUACCUAAAGUUAAUAUGUUUUCUGACUCCAUUUCUACUGAGUUUGAAAAAGAAGAUGAAAGUUCCAUAUUUAGAUAGUCUGCUUCCACUUUUUUCAGAUGACAAGGUCAAGACAGAGCGAGAACUGCCUCCAUUUAUUUAUGGGCGAGAUUUUAAAUGCCAGCAUUUUCACUACAAAGAGGAUCAAUAUUUUCAUGUUCAUGGAGGAAUUGAAUUUGAUAUCAGCACACCUUCAGUUGAGAAUGCUUUGGAAGACUUUAAGAAUAAUUUAGAAAAAAUACGGGAUUGUGCUGCUAAUACAUUUGUAGAAGAUUUAGGAUACAAAGAACAUUACUCAAUACCAGUCAUGGAACUUAACGGAAAAAGCUACUAUGUGGUCUGUUUUGAACUUGAAACUUUCUAUCAUCAACUAUAUAAGACAAAGUGGUGGGGAGCCAUAAAUGAAAUCGUGAAUAAUCUGAAACCAAAAAGACUUCCACUAACAGAUGCUCAAUUACAUGAGCAAUUUAAGAAAAAAUUUGGCUUCAAAAAAGCUAUGAAAUGCAAGAGCAUCCCAUUUGGUAUGAAGUCUGCUGUUGAAAGAGGAUUAUCUGCUGUUUUCCAUACAUUUAGCCGUAAAACCUCAAGCUUGACCAUCAAUAUUUCAGAUGAGGCAGGCUAUGCCAUUUUCCAUCAUGCUGCUUUACACAACAGAGUUUCUAUUAUAUGUCAACUGUGCAAUGCUAGCUUCAACAUCAACCAAAGACGCUUUGUUAUGUCUAGCCAAGAGUCAUCAAAAAUGGAUGUGAAAAAAGAAAGAAAUGGUCCAACACCUCUACACCUGGCUGCACAGGCUUGCUCACUGGAAACAACCAUCUGUCUACUCUGUUUCAAAGCUGAUUACACACUUUCUGAAAAAAGAGGUUGGAUGCCGAUUCACUUUGCUGCUUUCUAUGACAAUAUUGGCAUCAUCAUUGCUCUCUGCAGGAAGGAUCCUAGUUUGAUAGAAGCAGAGGCGACAGCUGAGAAUCAGUGUACUCCACUGUUGCUUGCUGCCACUUCAGGAGCACUGGACACUAUUCAAUACCUAUUUUCUCUUGGUGCUAACUGGAGAAAAACAGAUAUUAAAGGAAACAAUAUAAUUCAUUUAUCAGUGCUAACCUUUCAUACAGAGGUUCUCAAGCAUAUAAUAGAGUUAAAUAUUCCUGAACUUCCGGUUUGGAAAACUUUGGUAGAAAUGUUGCAGUGUGAAAGCUAUAAACGAAGGAUGAUGGCUGUGAUGUCCUUGGAAGUAAUUUGUUUAGCAAAUGCUGGAUACUGGAAAUAUAUUUUGGAUGCAGGUACAAUUCCUGCCUUAAUUAAUCUAUUAAAAUGUUCCAAAAUAAAAUUACAGUGCAAAACAGUUGGAUUAUUGAGUAAUAUCUCAACACAUGCAAACAUAGUGCAUGCUAUAGUAGAGGCGGGAGGCAUUCCAGCUCUGAUCAACCUACUGGUUUCUGAUGAACCUGAACUACAUUCUCGCUGUGCUGUCAUUUUAUAUGACAUUGCUCAACUUGAAAACAAGGAUGUUAUUGCCACAUGUAAUGGAAUCCCAGCUCUGAUAAGUCUCUUGAAGUUAAACAUAGAAAAUGUGCUAGUAAAUGUAAUGAACUGUAUACGGGUAUUAUGUAUGGGAAAUGAACAAAAUCAAAGAGCAGUGAGAGACCAUAAAGGCAUCCAAUAUCUUAUCACAUUUCUGAGUUCAGAUUCAGAUGUGUUGAAGGCUGUAUCUUGUGCAACGAUUGCUGAGGUGGCACGUGACAACAGGGAAGUUCAGAACGCUAUGGCUUCAGAGGGAGCCAUUCCUCCUCUGGUGGCCCUUUUUAAACGGAAACACCUUAGUGUUCAAGUGAAGGGUGCAAUGGCUGUGGAAUCACUGGCGAGUUACAACCCAUGUAUACAGAGAGAAUUUCUGGAAAAAUCAUUAAGUAAAUAUCUUUUAAAACUCCUCAAGGCAUUUCAAAUAGAUGUUAAGGAACAAGGAGCUGUAGCCCUUUGGGCCUUGGCAGGACAAACCCUGAAACAACAGAAGUAUAUGGCAGAACAGAUUGGAUACAACUUUAUAAUAAAUAUGCUUUUGUCACCAUCAGCUAAAAUGCAGUAUGUUGGAGGUGAAGCAGUCAUAGCUCUAAGUAAGGACAGCAGGAUGCAUCAAAAUCAAAUAUGUGAAGGAAAUGGAAUUGCACCAUUGGUUCGCUUACUAAGGAUCAAUAAAAUAGCUGAAGGCACACUUCUGAGUGUCAUCAGAGCAGUGGGGUCCAUUUGUAUUGGUGUUGCCCAUACAAGUAAUCCCAUCAGUCAACAAUUUGUUGUAGAGGAAAAUGCCUUUCCAGUACUUAUUCAUUUACUGAGAAAUCACCCUUCUCCUAACAUUAAGGUUGAAGUGGCAUUUUCCUUGGCAUGCAUUGUCCUAGGGAAUGAUCUGUUACAGAAUGAAUUACAAGAAAAUGAAGGAUUUAAGUAUGCCGAUGUCCUUCAUCUUCUUCACUCACAAGAUAAGGAUGUUUGUUUAAGAGCAGGCUAUGCAUUAACCCUUUUUGCCUUCAAUAAUCGCCUUCAACAAUACUUAAUAUUGGAAAGUGGAAUAAUGACCAUAUCAAUUUUUGAACCUUUUCUUGAAUCAACAAUUGAAACUGAGAAGGCAAUGGCAGCAUUUCAGAUUAUUAUAUUAGCUAAAGUCAUUAUAGACAUGGACCAUAUUACUUUGUCUGCAAGAGGUGUCACUAUUUUAGUUGACAGUCUGUAUUCAGUUCAUUCUACCACUAUUGUCUUGACAGGAAAUUUAAUAGCUAGCCUGGCUCAUUCUAGAGCUGGUAUUCCAGAAGCAUUUGCCACAUUAGGGACAAUCCAACGGCUCUGCUAUCAUUUGUAUUCAGAAAAAGAAGAGGUUCGCACAGCUUGCUCCUGUGCUCUUGGCUACUUAACUUACAACGCAAGUGCUUUCCGCAUCCUAUUAAAGGAAUGCAGAAAUAAGCCUAAUCAGUUCCUUCGAUUAACAAAUAAUAUCAGCAGAGAUGCAAGUAUUAACCCAGCAUUUCUAAAGGAAUUUCAGAUGCAACAGCGAGUGGGACUUCCUGCAUUAAGUCUAGAGAAAAAUGGAGGACCAUCCAUAACUCCUGUCUUUAAGAAAGGGAAAGAGCACCGAAGAAAAUUAAAACCUAAAAUUCAACCAAGAGAUUCUUUGACUUUGAUACCUCCUGUAACAAAUUUCAUGGGACUCUUCAACACAACAAAAAAGACCACUGUUUCUCACAAUGUUUUUUCCUUUUCAUCUGCAACUUCAUCAGAUAUCACAGAAGUAUCAAGACCAAGAAUAGUGUUCUUGAGCCAACUAGGGAAACAUGUGCAGAAAGCUAAUCCAGAGCCUACCGAAGGCUAAUAAAAGCAUUAGAAUGAACGUAUAGAAGAAUUCCUGAGCAAUCUUUUUAAUUUUUUUUUUUUUUAAGAUUUUAAGUAAUCUCUAUAUCCAACACGGGGCUCAAACUCACCACCCUGAGACCAAGAGUCACAUGCUCUACUGACUGAGCCAUCCAGAUGCCCCCCAAUUUUUUUACCUUUAAUUUUAAUCUAAUUCUGGUAAAAUACAUAUAACUGAGUAACAGAGUAUUUCAGCAAAUUGCCUUUUACCUGUACUAUUAGCUAACUUUGGUAAAUAUGCUUGCCCAUAUAGAGUUCAAUGUUUUUCCCUUCCUUUUCCUUUUCACCUUUUCCCUUCUUUCCCUUCCUUCCUUCCCUCUGGCCAAGUACUUAUCGAGAGGCCUACAGAUAUGGAAUGUUUCUAAAAAUUGCUUUUUCUUUAUCUGUAGUUUCUCUUAUUUAUAUCAUGAACUCAAUGUUAACAAGUAUGCUUGUAUUGAAGCACCUGUAGCAGUUUUGAUACUUAAAAAUUUUAAGAACUUAGAUUAUAGAUAUCCCCAUUUUAUAAUAUUUGUGACAGCGGGAAGAAAUUUUGGUCAAUUUCUUUCCAUAGUUUAUAUGCACUCUGUGUGAGCCACAGGAAAUACUGAUACUGCUUCUUUGUGAAUUCAGGUUCAUAUGAUACAGAAUACAAAUUUAAAUGAAAACUGUGAAUUCACAAACUAAUAGUUUCUUCUAAAUAAUAUUUACAAACCAAUUCUAGCAUAGCUAUACUUCAACAGCAAAGAAUGCAAAGUUGUAUAAAUAUUGGCUGUUUCUAUAUGUUCCCUCAUAUAAAGUAUAUU